AUGGGUUCUAACGAAUACAAAGCAUGGCUGAAGAAACAUCCUUCAGCCUUGGAAUCAUUUGAAAGAAUGAUGAAACCAGCUCAAGGAAAACACUUGGUUUUAUUUUUGGAUUAUGAUGGAACUCUUACACCAAUAGUUGAUGAUCCUGCUCGAGCUCUCAUGUCUGAGGAGAUGCGCUCAGCUCUCCAGAAAGUGGCUCGUGUCUUCCCAACUGCCAUUGUAAGUGGAAGGAGCCGCAACAAGGUGGAAGGAUUCGUGAAACUGAAGAAUAUAACCUAUGCUGGAAGUCAUGGGAUGGACAUAUUGACUGUUGAUGAUGGGGUUGUUAUUGUUGUAAUUGAGAGUGGUAAUGGAGAUUUUCUACAAGCAGAAAAAUUCUUGCCCACAAUUAAGAAGAUAAAGAAAGUGUUGGAAGAAAAGAUCAAGAUAAUCAAAGGUGCUGCAAUUGAAGACAAUAAGUUUUGCAUCUCUGUGCAUUUCCGACGUGUAAAUGUAGAGGAUGUUCAUUCUCUUAAAGAGUUGGUGGAAUCAGUAAGGGAAAAUUACCCAAAUCUUUACACAACCGGCGGUAAAAAGAUUAUAGAAAUACGACCUCGAAUUGAUUGGGACAAGGGUCGUGCUCUGCAAUAUUUAAUUCAAAAUCUUGGCUUUAAUGUCUCUGAUGAUUUCCUUCCAAUGUACGUCGGAGAUGAUCGAACAGAUGAGGAUGCUUUUAAGGUAAUAAGAGAGAUGGGCAGAGGAUAUCCCAUUAUCGUUUCUUCAAUUCCAAAAGAGACAAAGGCAACAUAUUCUUUGCGAGAUCCAAAUGAAGUCAUGUCCUUCUUAAUACAUUUAUUCAAGUGGAGAACAAGUUGAUCCCUAGAUAAAUGCAUUCAAUAAUCUAAUUAGGAAUAAUAAAAUGAAAGAAUUAUAUGCAUGGAUC